UAACAUUAGAGAAUACUCUAGCCAACCAUAAGAGUUCCCUCAUAAAUUUAAUAAUCUAUUAUUAUGCCACUUGAAAAUCAUCCUUAAUUGCAAUCCACUAGAAAAGUCUAACUUAAUUUUCAUCCAACUACUUUAAACACAUCCCCUAUCAAAAUUGUGAAUAAUAAUACUCCCCUCAGUCCUAAUCUUAUACUGUAUUCUUAAAACCCUUUCUCUUUGACUCCUUUAAAAAUACCAUCUAAUAUACGUAAAAAUUUGACUCCAACAAAAAAUUUAAAUGCAAAAAUACCAUAAUAAAGAAACUUUACACCAACUGGAAUUCUGAAUAAAAAAGAUCAAAUUGAUAAAAAUACAAAUAACCUCAAAAAUAGAGUACAAACUGAUUUUGGAAACCCUCCUACAAUACAAUAGUAAAUAGAAAAAGAAGAAACAGAUUUUUUUAAUGAUAAAUAAUAGAGUUAUUACAAUAAUUUAUAAGAAUUAUUGAUUUAAUCAGAAUUUAAAAUAAGUCAGUUGGAAGAAAAAAGUAGAUAAAUUCAAGAUUAAAGAAAAAGGCUUCAUUAGUAAUUUUUAUCUAAAUCCCCUAAAUUGGGAUCAUUAUUAUGA